GGUCACCGAGCGCCGCCGGCCCCGGUGCGCCCGGCCCAGCCCAGCCCGGCUGCAGCCCAGCCCCAGCCCCAGCAUGUGGCGGGUGUUGGCGCGACGCGUGUCCCGGGGCGCGGCCGGGCCGCCCGGCCUGGUGCGGCCCCGCCGAGCGCUCGGGGCCGGGGUCGGGGCCGGGGCUGGCCCGGCCCGGCGCGGCCCGGUCUGGGGCGGCCCCGCGCCUCGCCCGCUGCUGCCGCCGCCCGCCUGGCCCCGGCUCGUCCCGCGCCGCUGCUGCAGCCUCCCGGCGCACCAGAAGGUGGCACUGCCAGCGCUGUCCCCCACGAUGCAGAUGGGCACCAUCGCACGCUGGGAGAAGAAGGAGGGGGACAAGAUCAACGAAGGGGAUCUCAUAGCAGAGGUGGAGACAGACAAAGCCACAGUUGGCUUUGAGAGCGUAGAGGAAUGUUACCUGGCCAAGAUCCUGGUGCCUGAAGGAACAAGAGAUGUUCCUAUUGGGGCCAUAAUAUGUAUCACAGUAGAAAAGCCUGAAUUUAUUGAUGCCUUCAAAAACUACACCCUGGAUUCUGCAGCAGCUGCUGCCCCCCCAGCCUCAGUGCCUCCCCCUCCAGCUGCAGCCCCCUCCCCACCACCUCAGCCUUCUCCUCAGGCCCCUGGCAGCUCCUACCCUCCUCACAUGCAGAUCACCCUCCCUGCUCUGUCACCCACCAUGACAAUGGGCACAGUGCAGAGGUGGGAGAAGAAGGUUGGGGAGAAGCUGAAUGAGGGAGAUUUGCUGGCUGAGAUUGAGACAGACAAAGCCACGAUCGGCUUUGAAGUGCAGGAAGAAGGCUACCUGGCAAAGAUCUUGGUGCCUGAAGGAACAAGAGAUGUGCCCUUAGGAACUCCUCUGUGCAUCAUUGUGGAGAAGGAGGCUGAUAUUCCAGCCUUUGCUGACUACCAGGCUGCUGCAGUCACUGACAUGAAGGCACCAGCUCCUCCUCCCCCUCCUCCUCCUCCACAGGUGGCAGCAACCCCUGCAGCUGCUCCUCCUGCUCCCCAGCCUGCCCCUGCUCCAGCAGCCCCCUCAGCAGGGCCGCCCCGCAAAGGAGGAAGGGUCGUGGUCAGUCCCCUGGCAAAGAAGUUGGCAGCAGAGAAAGGAAUCGACCUUACCCAAGUGAAAGGCACUGGACCAGAUGGCAGAAUCACCAAAAAAGAUGUGGAGUCAUUUGUGCCAUCAAAGGCUGCUCCAGCUGCAGCUCCGGAGGCAGUUCCUGGGGUGGCAGCAGCACCCGAGGGGACCUUCACAGACAUCCCCAUCAGCAACAUCCGCAGGGUCAUUGCUCAGAGGCUGAUGCAGUCCAAACAAACAAUACCUCACUACUACCUGUCCAUUGAUGUCAACAUGGGGAAGGUCCUGGUGCUAAGGAAGGAGCUCAAUCAGGAGGUCUCAGAGAACAUCAAGCUUUCUGUCAAUGAUUUCAUAAUUAAAGCUUCUGCAUUGGCAUGCUUGAAAGUGCCUGAGGCAAAUUCUUCAUGGAUGGACACAGUUAUUAGGCAGAAUCACGUGGUGGAUGUGAGUGUGGCUGUCAGCACCCCCGCAGGGCUCAUCACCCCCAUCGUGUUCAACGCCCACAUCAAGGGCCUGGCUGCCAUCAGCAAGGACGUGGCUUCCCUGGCAGCCAGAGCCCGCGAGGGCAAGCUCCAGCCCCACGAGUUCCAGGGUGGUACUUUCACAAUUUCCAAUUUAGGAAUGUAUGGGAUUAAGAAUUUCUCUGCCAUAAUCAAUCCACCUCAAGCCUGCAUCCUGGCAGUGGGUUCCUCAAAAGAAAUACUGGUGCCAGCUGAUAAUGAGAAAGGCUUUGACGUGGCCAGCGUGAUGUCUGUCACCCUGAGCUGUGAUCACCGUGUUGUGGAUGGAGCAGUUGGAGCACAGUGGCUUGCUGAGUUCAAGAACUUCCUUGAAAAGCCAGUAACCAUGCUGCUAUAAUUUAACCAUGCAAAGCAGAAUUUUCAUGGGUCACACUGUUGUGUUUUAAACAAGCUAUUUAGACUUUAGUGUUCAGACUUUGAGAGAGUUCCUUUUUUUAUUUAAAAAAAUGUAUUAUAUUAUCUGGUAAUGUUAUUUACCAGUCUGUACAGAAAAAAAAAAAAGUUUGCAAAAGUGCUUUUCAGAGCAAUAUUACAGCUACACUGUAUUUUUAUACAGUUAGUUAACUUGCAAACUCUUCCAAAACAGAGUUAAGCGUCCCAGAUUUUAAAUAAAACAAAAUUAUCCUGGCAUUGUGCCAGCUGCUUCUAAACUCGGGUGCCCAGGGGCUGCACACCAACAUUUUCUUUCAUGACCUCGGUGUUGUCAGAGCCUGGAGUUUCAAACAUCUCUUGCCAGGAGCACAGGUGAGAGGGCCACAGAAGGGCCAAGAGGAGGGGACCUGCCCCGUGCUGUUCUGGGCUGGGGGUGGCACAGCAGGGCUGGGGACAGUCCCAAAGGCCAGGCUGCUGUUCCAAACCUGUUUGGAAUUUGGCUCUGGCCGGGACCUUCUCAGCUCCCUGAGCACUUUAGGGUGAAGGAGCUGUGCUGCUGUGGGUCCCAGCUCUGGGGCACCCCACACAACCUGCUGUGCUGUCUCUCAUGGUCCCACUGCCAUCUGCUUUGCUGUGGAACCUCUGCAGCUGCUGUUCCUGUGGCUGAGUGAACCCCGGGCUCUGGUGCCAUGGAAGUCACUGUUUUGCAGAAUGUCCAGUGUGUGUUGGAAAGCAGUGCAGGCAAAUCACACAUGCUGAUAACCCCAGCAGGGGAUGGGAAUCAUGUGAGGACUGGGAUGUUUGGGAUUUUUCAUUUCAGGCAUUCUUACAUAGGAAGCUCUGACUUAAGCCACAGGAACUGCAGACCUUCCCCAGAUUGUCCGUGUUGUCCAGCCCCAGUGAAGCUGCAGAAUGUGCUCUCCAUGUACAUAUUGUAUGUAAGGUGCUUCUCUAGUCUGUUGGACUCGUGUCCAGUUACCCCAGGCAUUGCACCCUGCGAGGGCUGCAGUGCUGAACAUUCUGAAAUUCCACUUUCCACAUGGAAACGUUCAUGUAAAAAAAAAGGACAAACAUGCAGUAAUGACAGAGUGACCAGGAGAAUUAAAUAGGGGGGCAGAGUUGGAAAAAAAAAAGGAAGAAGUUGUUCAGGCUGAUCCUGUUAUUCUGUAUAUUGCAUUAAGUACUGUCUCCUGUAAAAUUCUACAUAAUUCACUAAAGAUACUGAAAGAAAAUACUGUGGAAAUUAAAUAUUUUUGUGGGAACUAUUUAGUGUCUGGUUGCUGUGAUGCCUUGCUUAAGCGCAAAAAGUGCAUUAAGAUUUUGGAUUUUCUUGAAUGACCCGAAAUACCUUGAUUCCAGACUGGCUCUAGUGAACCCAUGUUCCAUUAAAUGUUGGGAAUUGACAACUACUAAA